AUGUCGUCAGGGCCAACAGCUUUGGGAGUGUUGAUUCUGCUCAGUGCAUUAUGGGCAUCUGUGAUGGAGGACGACAGCUCUGCUGGAUGGACUCUGAGGAGAAACACAAGCAAAGAACAGAGGACUCAGAGAUGUGGAGAUGGGUGGGGAGAAGGUGCUGGUUCUUCCUGCAACAUCAGCUACAUCUUCACAUGGGACAGUGGAGUUUACUGGUGUGAGUCCAGAGAGGGUCCCAUCAGUAACAUGGUUAACCUGACAGUCACUGGUGGAUCAGUGAUCCUGCAGAGUCCUGUCCUCCCUGUGAUGGAGGGAGAUGACGUCACUGUGCUCUGUAAAACAAAGACCACUCCCUCCAACCUCCCAGCUGCUUUCUAUAAAGAUGGCUCCCUCAUCAGGAAGCAGCCUACAGGUCACAUGACCAUCCAGCAUGUUUCCAGGUCUGAUGAAGGCCUCUACAAGUGUGACAUCAGCGGUCAUGGAGAGUCUCCAUCCAGCUGGAUCACUGUCACAGGUAGACCUACAACCACAACCUCACCUACCACCUCUACAAAUAUGCUCCCUACCUCCACCACCCUCCAUCAUGUGAUCAGAGUAGUCUGUCACCUGGUGGUGUUCUGUCCAUACUUCAUCUCCACUCUCCUCUUGGUGUCUUUAUAUCAACACAGAGCCAAAGGAAAUGACCCCACCGUCAUCUUGGCAACAGCAGCAAAUGCGGAGCAGAGAAUGUCUGAGGACUAUGAUGAUAUUGCGGCGGUGACCUCUGAGCAUCAGUUCUGAGCAUAUGCUCCAUCAAAUUGUGGUUAUUAGGUCACUGUGACUGAAUUUUAUGUGACAUCACAAUGCAAGUCUU